CUGUAUUGUCACGCAAACCUAACGUGUGUUCAAAAUUUUAGCUUGAUUGAUUUUUUUUUCGUUUUCAGAUACAAAGCGCUUACUUCUUCCGGCCGGACUGGGUGUCCUGGUUUCACCUUGAUUUUUUCGAUAAACAGGUGUCUGACUACAUGAUCGAAGUUUUUCAAGCGUGAUGAAACAGAGAGAAGACACAAAUACUAAAGGAAACGAUUUUCUGGAUAUGCUAAUUGAGUUGAAGAAAAAUCAGGAUCUCAAAGAAAAAUAUUCGUUUGAAGGAAACAAAGUAAUAGCCCAGGCAUUCCAAUUUUUCUUGGCUGGUUUUGAAACAACCAGUUCAUUGAUAUCAUUUACGUUGUACGAAUUGUGCAAGAAUCCUAAGUAUCAAAAUACAGUGAGAGAAGAAAUAAAGACCACUAUAGACAAAGAUGGAGGUAUCACCUACGAAAAUGUGAUGGGGAUGAAAUAUCUGGAUAUGUGUGUUCAAGAAACUCUUCGAAUGUAUCCUGUGCUACCGUUCUUGGAUCGGCGAUGUAACGCAGAAUACAAAUUGCCAAACUCCGACUUAGUAGUAGAGAAAGGACUUCCAGUGUAUAUUCCUAUGUUUGGACUGCAUUUCGACGAGAAGUAUUUCCCAGACCCGCUUAAAUACAAACCAGAAAGAUUUGAAAAUGGCACAAACGUAUACAACAAGGACGGAAUUGUAUUCAUGCCUUUCGGUGAAGGACCCAGAAUUUGUAUAGGUGAACGUUUUGGACUAUUAGCUACGAGUUAGCGCUGGUACGCGUGCUGUCUGAAUUUGAGGUGGUGAGGAAUAUAAAAACGCCCGACGUCAUAGAUUUCACUCCGAAGAGCUUUAUACUACAAUCUAAAAUCGGCCUGCCGAUGAAGAUCAAGAAAAUUACACCGACGCCUGCGUAAUUGUAUUUAUUCAAAGAAAUUACACAUUGUGUACGUUAUAUAAUCCCCUAAUUGUGAAAAACGGCGAUGAAAUACAUUUUAGUAUUAUGUUUAAAAGACUUUUGUUAUUUUCAGUACCACUGUACCAAUGUGGCUUAUAGUUUCUGCUUGCGAUGCCACGCAAUGAGGAUUCUCAACUAGCAAAGAGUUUCUGUUAAGCUGUAAAAGUUCUUUUUCGCUAUUCUCUGAAUAAAAUACGACGUUGAGCACGGUUCACAGAUUUUGAAAAUAUUCACAAUGUUGAGGAAGGAUCCACUCUCAUUAGAGUUAUAUUUGUUUAAAGGAAUUGUCCUGUAUUUUGUGUUUCGUUUAUGGACUGGGGCGUUAGAAAGUGUUAUUAGGAAUUUUGUGUAAAAAAAAAUUAGAGAUCUUUCGGUUUUGCUCUGAAGCAUUACUUUUCAAGAUAACAUAAAACUAGAGAAUAAAAACAGCAAAAAUCACAAUUUUAGAUUUCAUUUGUGUACUAAUUUCCACCGAAGGCGCGUCACUAUUAAUUUUGCACGAUCUCCUGAACAACCCCCAAUAGAAAUAUCAGCUGCUUUAGAAAACAUCUAGAUAAGUCAACAAGUCGUAAGCUGGCUGGCGUAUUUCUUAUAGGUAUUUGAAGAUUUACAUAAAAUGUCC